CACUAAACCUUUGGGAGCGCAUAAAGAUGCCCGUGUCCCGCAGGACCGGGUGCAAAGACGGCGGGCGGAGCCAUGCCUCUCUGACCCAAUCACUGGCUUCCAUGGUCCGCCGGUCUCCACGGCGACGCGGAGCUCCCGCCCCCACGUCCUCUCCCUUAAGCGCCAGGGAAGCUCGAGAGGAAACCGGAAAUAAGCAGGGCAGGAGGCGGAGGAAGUGCUGGAAUGAAGGGGACGGGACUUCCGGCUCCUCCCGGGAAGUGACGCAACAGCCGCGGCCUCAGGCAGGUAGAGCGGCUGGUGAGUCCGAGUGCCAACGCGGCCCGAACCCGGCCCGGGCCCCGGGGCGGCCGCCGCUUCCGGGGACAGGCCCCCGGGGGCGGGCGGCGGGGGCAGUGAGCUUCCUGUUUGGCAAAAGGAGGCAGAGGUCCGAGUUCAUCAUCUCCGACGCGGACUGGACAAUUGGUCUUCGAGGCCAGCCUGUCGCAAACCUUGGAAUCAUGUUUGCUGACAUGGAUUAUGACAUUGAGGAGGAUAAGCUCGGCAUCCCCACAGUUCCUGGGACCGUGACGCUGCAGAAGGAUUCGCAGAACCUGAUCGGGAUCAGCAUUGGGGGAGGGGCUUUGUACUGCCCCUGCCUCUACAUUGUCCAGGUUUUCGAUAACACCCCUGCAGCCAUCGAUGGCACUGUCGCGGCUGGCGAUGAGAUCACUGGCGUCAAUGGCAAAUCAGUCAAGGGCAAGACCAAAGUGGAGGUGGCCAAGAUGAUCCAGGUCGUGAAGGGUGAAGUGACGAUUCAUUACAACAAGCUCCAAGCUGACCCCAAGCAGGGCAAGUCCUUGGACAUUGUUUUGAAGAAGGUGAAACACCGGCUGGUGGAGAACAUGAGCUCGGGGACGGCGGACGCUCUGGGCCUGAGCCGGGCCAUCCUGUGCAAUGAUGGUCUGGUGAAGAGGCUGGAAGAGCUCGAGCGGACGGCCGAGUUGUACAAAGGUAUGACCGAACACACCAAGAGCCUUCUGCGAGCCUUCUUCGACUUGUCCCAGACACACCGAGCCUUUGGAGACGUCUUUUCGGUGAUUGGAGUCCGCGAGCCCCAGCCAGCAGCCAGCGAGGCCUUCGUGAAGUUUGCCGAAGCCCACCGCAACAUCGAGAAGUUUGGGAUCCGGCUCCUGAAAACCGUCAAACCCAUGCUGACAGAUCUGAACACGUACCUCAACAAAGCCAUCCCUGACACCCGCCUCACCAUUAAGAAAUACCUGGACGUGAAGUUUGAGUACCUGUCUUACUGCCUGAAGGUGAAAGAGAUGGAUGACGAGGAGUACAGCUGCAUUGCCCUUGGGGAGCCCCUGUACCGCGUAAGCACCGGCAACUAUGAGUACCGCCUCAUUCUGCGAUGCCGCCAGGAGGCCCGGUCACGUUUUGCCAAAAUGAGGAAGGAUGUGUUGGAGAAGAUCGAGCUGUUGGACCAGAAACACGUCCAGGACAUCGUGUUCCAGCUGCAGCGCUUCGUCUCCACCAUGUCCAAGUACUACGAUGACUGUUACGCGGCCCUGCGGGACGCGGACGUCUUCCCCAUCGAGGUAGAUCUGGCCCGGACCACCCUCGCCUACGGCCAGAAGGACCUCUACGCGGAGGAUGAGGAUGAGGAGGGGGCGGCAGCUGCCGGGGAGCCCCAGGGGCCGCGAGGCUCCCAAGAGGAGAACGGGGAGAAGCUCAUUGACAUGCCCGAGUGACCCCCCCCACACCCCCAGGUGGGGUGCAGGGCUGGUGACGGCUGGGAGGCCGGGAGGGGAGACGUGGACCCACUGCCCAAGGUGACUGAUAAAGACCCGCUGGUGUGGGGGCUGACGUCUCAUCUCUGCCUCUGUCCCAGGCCAGCCGGGGAGCCCAGCCUCAGUUUCCCCCACUGCCAGGCUGUGGCUUCCCCCCGGGCCCCUAGUCGCUACCCGUUCAGUGUUUCCUCCCUGGCUGGGGGGGAAGAGGGAAGGAGAGAAAAGACCCCUCCCCAAGGGUGAAGGUGGGUGUGGGGCCGUGCCCUGGUCCCACUUUGAAUCUCCUGAGCUUUACUCAGGGAGGGACCCCCUCCCUUCUCCCUGCCCUAAUCUGGCCACCCCCCUCCCUGGCAGGAGUGGGGGGGGUGGGUAGAGGCCAGACCCCCUCCCCUGCCAGGGCCAGGGCUGCCUUUCCCACCCUCCUUGCUUCUGGGAGGGUGGGGGAGGCAGCUUCACUUGGCUUUCCCCCUCUGCUCUGAAAGUGGGCCAGCCCCUCAAGGGUCCAGUGUGGUAGGGGGGUGACCAGACCUCACACUCAGGGGUGUCCCUUAUUUAUUAAGCUCUCCCUGCCCCUCUGCUUGUGUUCUGGGGCUCCGGUGCCUUGGGCUGGGGCUGGGGGUCAGGGUUCCGGGGAGGGGGUCGGGGGUUGGGAAUCCUGUACUUUAAUAAAGAGAAAGCUGAAUUGUGACUUUUCGGUGGCUGCCCCUUCUGGGCUAAGUGAGGGAGGCUGGAAAUCCAAGGCCCCAAACCCCCUUAACUGACCUCUCCUCACCUGGUCCCAGACCUGGGGCGGGGCCUCAUUGCAGAGGCAGCUCUAGACCAGGUGCCCACAUCCUGUCCCUCCCCUCCAUACCUGCCUCUCCUUCCAGAUUGGGGCUCCACCUGCUGACCACACCCCGCAACAGCAGCCUGCCCCCGGGGGCCCGGGCACAUCUCUUAAAAAAAAAAAAAUUGUCUGUCUUGAUGCCUUUUGUCUUUAUGUCCCAUUCGCUUCCCCAUGGAGCCCUCCUUGUUGAUUAGAAGCGUCUCAGGAAAGCCAGCGCCCUCUGACCGUGUUAAUGAAGGAGGGAGCCACAUUUCCUCCUCUGUCAGGACCCAGUGUGGCCAUGGCUUGUUUUUAAAUGUUAAGUUUCCUCGAUGUGUCUUGUUGCAUUUCCAAAGCUUCUCCAGCAUACCUCCCCCUCCAGAGAGCCAUCCUUUCUAACAGAGAACUUCUUAAAGACAAAAAGAAGAGGAAGAAGGCAGAGGGAGCUGAAAACCUGGCUCCCCCCGGGGGUCCCCGCUUCCACACCCCUCUGGGGGUGCCUUAGCUCUCGUGGAUGAUUUCGCCGCCUUCGCUUUGGACUGUUUGUGGUGCUUUCCGAGUACGCCGUGGUCGCUGGGUGGAUUGUCUCCUGGUCCUGCUGCUUCCCUCCACGUCAGUUCAUUCAGAUCUUUCCGGGCUUCUCUGCAUUGGGCACCCGCAUUUCCUACAGCCCGGUCACAGUCCCGUUCCAUUCCGUUCAUUUAAGAGAAUUCGUUUAGCGGGUCCCCGAUUGAUGGGCAUCUCCUCUGCUUCUAAUUCUUAGCCGUCGCUAAAAGUGCUGCUGUGAACAUUUUGGUGUGUGUGGGGACUUUUCUUAUUAAUGACCUAUGAGCGGAAUCUCUGGGUCAAGGGUGUGAAUGUUUCAGUCACUUGAGUUGUAUAAGUGAAUGUUAUUUUCCAGAAUGGUCAUACAGAUCUGCAGCUCGGCCAACAGUGUAGUACGCUUAUCUCCCCUGACUCCUCAGCUUUGACUUUUCCCAUCUUCCGUCAUCUCUGCCAAUUUGGGUGUGAAGUAAAACCUCACGAUUGUUUUGA